CCCGUGUUUUCUUUCAAUGACGGGUUGAGACGAAACCGAAGGGAGCGUGCAGGCGGAAAUUGGAUCCAUGAAUAAGAGGAUACAGCCAACUGCGUGCUGGAUGCAGCACCAACCAACAAAAACCAUCAGUCAUCAUCGCAUAACGCAUAAUAUUAUAUGCACUUGGCAAAUAAUAUAAAUUAGCAAAAACACCAAACCAGCCAAUCACCGCUGACUGACUGGAAUAUAAUAUCCAUUCCUCCAUUAAAUAAUAAUAUUAGUGGAAAGAAAAGAUAGACUCAGUGACGGACUGCUUUUACUUAUAUUAUUAUUAUUAUUGUUAUUGAACUCAAAGUGACUCAAAUUCUGAUUUAAACACUUGUGACUUGGUAAUUGGAUUGAAGGUUGUUGAUCGAAUUGUAUGCAAGAAAAUCAAAAGUUUAUUAACCAACUGCAAAGUACUAUUUCAUUUUGUGUGAGCCAAGAGGAUUUACUUCGGAAAACCAAAAACAAUUAAUUUGACCGUCAUCUCGUCACCCAGUUUCCUCUUCCACCUUCCCGAACGAUGUUUCAGUUGUACACAUCCAAGGAUUUCGUGUUUUUGAACUAAGUUUGCAAAUGUUGCCAUCCAUCUGAGAACGAUUCAUCAUUACCACCACCGCAUUACGUCACAUCCUUUCCUUGAUAAGUUGGUCUGUUCAUAAUCGUUUGGUUGCUGCGCCAGACUAUAUCAAACUAAUUAUUGAUAACGAAAUUAUCGUUUUCAAUUGUACUGGUGUGAUAAAACAACGAGUCAUCAACAUAUUUGGUGUCCUGAUUUGCAUACAUCACUUUCAUCUCAGCAACCAUGAGCUUGUGAUCUAGACAAAUUCUCCCGAGCCCCUUUGAGCAUACCAAAUAUUUAUUUUUAUUAAUACUCUUUCACGCUUUUAAAAAGUCGUACUACAAAGCAGUAAAUUACUUUGACACUUAUUAGUGUAAACGACAUACUAUACUAUAAAUCACUAAGAUGGGUCAAACUCUGUCGGAACCUGUGACUACGAAGGACUCGUCGUGCGUUCAAAAUUCAGUGUACAAAGUUGGUGCAAGUUGCAUGCAGGGAUGGCGUGUUACAAUGGAAGAUUGGCACACUCACAUUUUGGCACUACCUGAUGACCAAGAAGCCGCUUUUUUCGCAGUGUACGAUGGUCACGGAGGGCCCAAAGUUGCUCAACAUGCAGGCCAUCACUUACACAAAUACGUGAUCCAAAGGCAGGAAUAUAAACAAGGCGAUGUUGCGACGGCACUCAAACAAGGUUUUCUUGAAUUCGAUGACGCUAUGCAGAAAGAUGAGCAGAUGCGUGAUGAGUUGGCAGGAACAACGGCAAUAACUGUGCUUGUGAAAAAUAACCAAUUGUACUGUGCCAAUGUUGGAGACUCUCGGUCGGUUGCCUCCGUCAAAGGUGUUUGUGAGCCUUUGUCUUCAGAUCACAAACCCAACAAUACAGAGGAGAAUUCUAGGAUUUGUAAAGCUGGUGGAUGGGUAGAGUACAACCGAGUUAAUGGAAAUCUCGCAUUGUCUAGGGCCCUUGGAGACUUUGUUUUCAAACGAAAUGCAAGCAUGAAGCCUGAAGAACAAAUGGUGAUAGCUCUCCCUGAUGUCGAAACUCGCACAAUUAAUGAAGACUGGGAAUUCUUCGUCCUUGCGUGUGAUGGAAUUUUUGAUGUUUUGACUAAUGAAGAAGUUGUGGAAUUUGUCCGCCGAAGGAUCGGCUUAGGCCUUGAACCGGAAGCAAUUUGUGAAGAAAUGAUGACCACUUGCCUCGCACCCGAUUGUCAAAUGGGAGGGCUAGGAUGCGACAACAUGACGUGCAUUGUAGUUUGUUUGUUGAACGGAAAGACAUAUGCAGAUUACUGUGCCCAAAUUGCCAGUUCCAUGUUACCAUCCGCCUUGUCCGCCGAUAAUUCUACAUCCAUUUCUACUGUGAAUGGUGGCGACGAGUUUGAAGACGCACAAGAAGGCAAUUCCAACUCCUCGGACGAAGAGAAUGAAAAUGUCAUCAACGGUGAAGACGUAGAACCUCUCUCAAAUAAGUGAGAACUACGAAAAAGGUUAAAAGAGCUCUAUUCACAUAUUACAACAUAAUUUUUGAAGUUGUUAUAAUUUCAUCAGUCACGAAUAUUAUCAUGAUAUGUCCUAUUAUUUGUCAGAAACAUUGUCAAUUGCUUAUUUUAUUAUAAUCUGAUGAAGCAAAAUUCAAGUUUAUUUUGAUAGUACACAUGUUUAUACAUAUAUCGAUAUACACUAAUUUCAUAUCUUGCUUUGCUUUCAGUUUUAUAUAUUAUAACCUGCACCUUCAUUCCUAUUCUGAGUUUUAUAUAGUGACAAACAUUAUUAUUAAUAUUUCUAAUACAAUAACCAAACAUACUCGUUCUACAUUUAUAAGUACAUGCAUAUAUAUAAAUGGCUUUCAUGAACCAAUACAAUAUAUAGCGAGAAUUAAUAACGGAGUUGUAGAAAAGUGAUGGCGAAUUUCCAUAACACGCCAAUCUUCGUUUUCUAUCUAACCUUUGGUUUCUUAUUUACAUAUGCCUACAAAUAUUCCACGUUGUUCAUUAGAUUUUAUCGUUUUUGUGUCUCAAAUGGCACACUCCAUUUAAUUUGUAUGUAUAGGCGACAUUAAUAACCCGAGCGCUGAAUGUACGUUACUUACUUACUUACUAGUAAUAAUCUUGAUACCAUAGAACAGAUAUACUUUUACGCUUCUAUGUAAACUUGAAAUAGACAUUGAUUAUUGCAAGCAAAGUUGGACUCUUUAUGUCUUUAUACGAUACAUGAUAUUUUUAGACGCCAUUAGAUGAAUUAGAUUAGUAAAUGUCCCAGCCGUUUGCGCGCAUUUCAUGUAGUUAGUUAGUUGUAUUGUACUAGGUAUAGAUUUGCCGAGUAUUGGCAAGCCGUAUGCCAGCAAUACUUCAUCACUGAUGACUUUUUAUUCAGAUAAUUAAAUUAUAUAUUUUUAUGGAAUUUGUGUGAUGGUGUGUUGUAGUCUAUGUAGCUAGAUUAGAUCUGCUUGUUAAAUCACCCACAUGUGUAGUUCCUUGUAAAAUAUUCCAUUUUAUCAAGUCCACAAUCCUAAAAUUAAAAGUAUUACUAUUUCCAUAAAGUACGUAAAGUGAGAGAUAAGACGACACUUUUAUGUUACUUAAUUAUUUCAUAGACUGCUAUAUAUUUACAUAUUUUAACUACUACUACUACUAAUACAUACAUAAACUUAUUGCGUUUCUAUGUCCUUAUACAUACUUUAACUAAAUAUUUACCGUACAGCUGCAUACUAAACACACUGUAAAAGCGAACCAAAUUUAUUUCUAGUACAAUUUCGCUACCAUAGACAAACGAAGUAAAUAAAUGUCAUACCUUUAAUUCUUA